GGCAUUUUCGAUUUCUUGCAGCACCACUCUGCCUAAGAUAGGCUGAUAGCGCCCCAAUAUGUCUUCAAACACCCAAGGAAACAGCGAUGCCUACUUCGAGAAUUUGCUCAAUCGUGAAAGAUUCCUGAAAAUGUCCGAGGUACUGACGGGGGUGCCAGUGAGCCUCGAAUUUGCAGACAAGCUUGGCAUGCCUCGACCAGACGCUCACAGUGCUCUUCUUCGCUAUGGAAAUCUUACUCCGAUGGACUAUCCAGUCCGUUCUGCGACGGUACAGCCCAUGAAUAGCCACCAAACUAGUCGUCCGCCUCCUAGGCCGAUGGCAACGGCCUGGGCUCCCUCGGAAGUGGUUGGCAGGGAAAACACGACUAUUGACCCUUUGAAUGAUCCCACCGAAGAAUAUUUGACCAUGCUCUCAGAAGUCGAUGAUGAACCACUUGAAGUCUGUGCCAAGCUUGACACCGGGACGGAUGAAAACUGGAUCUCCGAAAGGGUUCGAGAACGGCUGAAGCUGACGACUAGAACUGCAAGCCUGGAGUACUUCACUUUUUCAACAACAAAAACGGUUGUCUCGAAUUGUGCAGUAUCUAUUACUUGGUACGGAUUCGGCUUUUUGCAGGCUCGCCAGUCCGACUUUCGUGUUGCGGAGGAUGCGUCCUUCGAUGUUAUUAUUGGGAAGAACUUCCUUCUCAAAGAAAAUAUCGUGACGAUCAAGAGCCCGGGGGUGCUUAUUUUGGCAAAGAAAGUCAAGACUGAAGAGGAGGAGAAUAUCAUAAGAGAGCGUGGAGCUGAAGCAAGAGCAGAGCCAGCUGUCUUGGCCCAUCGACAGGAGCUGGCAAAGAAUAGCAAGAGCUCAAAUACAACUCCGAGAACAAACCCUAGGAAGGACCCGCAGAGGAAAGUUUGAUCUCACUCGUUAGCAGGGGCGUUACGGCGUAGGUUUUGAGGCCUAUCGUUCGCGGUAUGAAUAGUUUUGUUAAGAGGUGGCAAUACAGAGCACAUCCGAAUUCCGUUGUGGGCCUAGUACUGUACAGUACGGAAGCUAGAGCUGGUGGAGGCGAGCUAUUAGAAGCUUCAGGUGGCGGAAACCUGGUUGGCGUGGUGAUGAACUUUGGCGUCUCGAUGCAUAGAUAAGAAUAGGCUGUUGAAACACAUUCCCGUGUUAUCUUCCUGGAAUUCCUACGUUCCUCAUGGCGAUGUGCAGCUUCCGUAUGGCAGUAGGCAGUACCUGAAAGAGUGGCUUUCAUCCAGU